AUGGCUUAUUAUUCAAUAAGUUUCAUUUCAAUCAAUUAUUAUAUUUCUUUAUUUGAUUGUUUUAAGUUUUUAAGAACGAAAUUUAACUCAGAAAUAACUCAACAAUGUCUAGAAUUUUCAUUUUUAGGAAGAAAUCAAGAGAUCAUGAGUGAAUGUUUGAAAUGUCAAGACCCAAAUUAUAAAUGCAUGAAAUAUGCAAUUAUUUCACAUAACAUUGAUUUUGUUACUUUCUUGAUGAAUGAAUACAAUAUAGAGAUCAAAUUAGAUUAUUGUAGAAAGUAUUAUAAUCUUGAAUCCUUAUUAGUUUAUUUCGAUCAAACUAAUGAUAUUAGCAAAUUCUUUGUUUAUUCAUUGAUGUUUAAUAUUUCAUCCAUUUUCAAAUAUUUCUUUUCACAUGGUGCAAAUAUCGAUGAAAAAGAUGAGGAUGGAAAUACAGCUCUUCAUAUUGCUGCACGUUUUAAUUGGAAAGAAUUAGCUGAACUUCUUAUUUCACAUGGUGCAAAUAUCAAUGAAAAAACUAAUGAUGGAGAAACCGCUCUGCAUCAUGCAGCAUUCGGUAAUGGUAGAGAAACAGCUGAACUUCUUAUUUCACAUGGUGCAAAUAUCAAUGAAAAAACUAAUGAUGGAGAAACGGCUCUUCAUAAAGCAGCAUGGAAUAAUAGUAAAGAAACAAUUGAACUUCUUAUUUCAUAUGGUGCAAGUAUCAAUGAAAAAAACUGUGAUGGAAGAACCGCUCUUCAUCAUGCAGCACGUUUUAAUUGGAAAGAAAUAGCUGAACUUCUUAUUUCACAUGGUGCAAAUAUCAAUGAAAAAGAUAAGCAUGGGAAAACCGCCUUUCAUAUUGCAAUAAUUUAUAAUAAUAAAGAAACAGCCGAACUUCUUAUUUCACAUGGUGCAAAUAUCAAUGAAAAAACUAAUGAUGGAGAAACCGCUCUGCAUCAUGCAGCAUUAGGUAAUGGUAGAGAAACAGCUGAACUUUUUAUUUCACAUGGUGCAAAUAUUAAUGAAAAAAAUAAAUAUGGACAAACUGCCCUUCAUAUUGCAACAGUUUAUAAUAGUAAAGAAACAAUUGAACUUCUUAUUUCACAUGGUGCAAAUAUCAAUGAAAAAAACUGUGAUGGAGAAACUGCUCUUCAUAUUGCAGCACGUUUUAAUUGGAAAGAAAUAACUGAACUUCUUAUUUCACAUGGUGCAAAUAUAAAUGAAAAAAAUAAUUAUCUAAAUACCGCUCUCCAUAUUACAAUAAUUUAUAAUAGUAAAGAAACAGCCGAACUUCUUAUUUCACAUGGUGCAAAUUACAAUGAGUAA